AUGUCUCUUCAAUAUUCAAUCGUCUUUUCCAUUCUUAUUGGUGAAUUAUCGAUCAUCGCACUUUUUCUGAUUCCAAUUCCAUUUAUCAUCAAGUCUUCUAUAGAGCUAGCCCUGAUAAAGACAAGUCGUUCUUCUUUGGUCAAUCGAAUCGCAAUGGCCAUAUUCGUUCUGGUCUUCAUCUUUUUCUUAGAUUCUUUCCAUAAGAUGCUAAAAUUCCACACCGCCAUCAGCGAAUUAACUUCAUAUGCUGGCCCUUUGCAAACGGAUUCUUCAGAGUUUGGAUCAAUGAACAAUCGCAAUAUGCAUCGCCCGCAAAGCCACCAUCACCAUCAUAAUUCCUUCCAAUCAUCAGCCCUAUAUUCGACGCUAUUUUAUGCGCAGAGAAAUGUUUAUCUUACGGGGAUGGUUUUGGUUUUAUUUUUGAAAAUGCAGCAACUAAUCAAGGAGCGAAUGGAUAAUAGGCAGGUAAUUUCCAGUACAGAGUCUACGCUUGCUAAAUAUAUUAACGAAAUUGCCAUUCUGGGCGAAGAGAAUUCAAAGCUUUGCUCGCAAAUUUCACUCUUAAAGAAAGAUAAUGAAGGGCUGGUGCUGAAAAUAAGAUCGCAAUCGAGCGAAAAAAACUCUGAAUACAAGCGCCUGUCAGAUUUGCUUUCAAAUCUGGAUGUAUGA